CUGAGUUUAAAUCUCUUUACGGUGAAGAAAAUCCGAUUACGUCCGUAGCUUUCAAAUGUGAUCAAAAACCCGUAUCUUAAUGAAUGGUUCGGCAGAGGACCGCUACUCACGUACCUACUUUAGUUAUUAUCACCUUGCAGGCUGACUGCCAAAGAAAUCCAAGGGUUUCUUGAAUGGUUUCUCGAAGCGUUCACACUGACAAAACAUUGCAUCAAAAGCAUUUUUGAAGUCUCGCUUCCCAUGAAGUUGUUGGGAGCUUGUCUGGGGCGCUCUUCUAAUAAGUACUUCGCCUAUCACCGCUGUAUAUGCCAUCUUCAAAACCAGCUCGACUCUCGUACCACGUAAUGCAAGAAAAUGUCAACGAAUACUACACUCGUAGUUUCUUCUACUCUCUCAGCCCUUUCUCCUACCAACAGAACAACCCUAGCCAUCCCCCCACAGUACAAAGAGACUAGUGCACUGAUCUGGUUCAGGCUAGUCUUCUAUGGUGUCAUAACUCUUGCCUCGUUGAUAGGCAACGGUAUUGUCAUCCGAUCGAUCAUGAACAUUCCCUACCGGAAGCCAUUCACUUACCACAUGGUAACCAACCUGGCAGUAGCCGAACUCGUCAGUACUGUCUCUAUACCCUUCCUACAAGCCUACGACUUGAUGAAUACUUGGAAGUUUGGUGAGUUCAUGUGUCAGAUUACCAGUCCUGGGCAGAUCACGUCAUCAUUGGUGGUCACGUGGACGCUAGCUAUAAUCUCGAUGCAUCGGUAUCGUACUCUUGUGUCGCCAAAUCGUAGGCCGCUAUUUUUGAAAAAUACCCCAUUCUUAAUAUUCUGUAUGUGGGUCUCUGCUGUGGCUAUUACUUUCCCGUCCUACAUAUACUCCACUCUGGUCAAAUCACCGUACGAAAGCAACCGUAUUUGGUGUGUCGUGCUGUUUCCAGGAGACACCUUAAACACGUUCCCGUCCCCUGUCUACAGGAGGUACCUCAUGGUCCGUUUUGUCAUCAACUUCCUGGUCCCCGUACUGAUAAUGGUCCUCGCAUAUGGAGCCAUGGGAGUUAAGCUCAAAUAUCAUAUGGCCACAAUAAGAAACACAGACGCGGAUCUUUCAGUAACCAACAUCACAAACCCGAUGCGCUCAUCUAUCGAAGAUGUCGCUGGGUCAAACAUCAACAACUUAGAUGACAGCCCCUCACUCGGUAACAUUUGUUCCAAUUCAUUUGAUAAUCCAUCCUGCAGCGGCCAAAACGAAAAGCUAGAGCCACUGAGUGUAACAGAACUAAAAUUUGCAGGGAGCUACGCCGUCCGUGAAAAACGCAGUUCUGUCAUCCCAAGUCUAGCCGAAAUAAAAGCUAGGGGGACUAACUCUAACAGUAUAAGCAGAGAUGAUAUCGGGCAAGCUCUCUCAAACAACUCGAAUCUACUUAUUGAAUUCGAGCAGGAUUUGCUGAAGAUGAUCUACRUCAUUGUUCUGGUUUUCAUCUUUUUUUAUUUCCCCUACCAAGUGUUUUUUCUGUUGGAGUACUUUGGAAUAGUAGAGUAUGGAAACUGGCAUUACUUUCAUGUUACUCGAAGAUACAUAUUCCUGGUAACCUGUCUUCCAAGUGCCUUACAUCCAUUGUGUUAUGGCACGAUGAGUAAGUUCUACGCCAAGGCUUUCCGUAACAUUGUGUUGUGUAAGUGGAAGAGGCAUUUUGCUCAAGGUCCUCCAUAACUUUGCCUCAAUAGAUCUCUUACCUCGGGUAUAAUGUGUUCCAUUACGAACCACGUGUCAUUCCCUAGAGUACCAUUUCUGUUUUUAGGGGUUGCACUAACUCAGACGAAGAAUCUUGUAGAGUGCAAACAAUUAAUCCGUGAA